UUGUUUCUUACUACAAAACAGCAAAAAAAACCCCAUGAAAAUUUGGGAUUACUCGACCACGUCAAUGAAGAAACUUCGAACCCGACUAAAUUCAAUUGCAAAAGUGUCGACAGAAGACUAUGGACUUUGUUGCACCAUGCAAGGCCACGAACAAAAAUAACAAGACUUGUCCUAUUAAGUUUUGUUACAAAUGCUUAUCAAACGGGUAUGCUGAGAAUGCAGAAGAAGUAGUAAAGUUGGAGGAUUUAUGUCCUAGGUGUAGAGGCAUAUGCGUUUGCAGCGUCUGCAUGAAAGCCAGAGGACUAAAACCCACUGGGAUUUUGGUACAUCAAGCUAGAGCUUGUGGAUGGGCUUCAGUCUUUGAGCUUCUUCAAGUUGAAGGGCCUGACAAAUUUGCUUACCAGAGGAAGCCAAAACUGAGUGAUGCUUCCAAUGAAGCUAGUAGUAGUAGCACUAGUGAAUCUGUUCCAGUGACAUAAGUGGUUUCUAAAACAGAUGUUGCCAAGAAGAAGAAUAAAGUAUUAUGCAAGAGGACCAUACUGAGACAGGAUAUUCAGUUGAAGGCUCUGCUUCCUCAGGGUACACGCUUGACUUGUGUAUUAGGCAUUGAUAUACCCACUGAAGAAGCUGCAAAUGUAUGCUAGCUUUUCGAGUUUUGCUCUGCCUUUGGAAAGGGGUGAUAAUAUGUUCUUGGUUUAAAGGAAGGACAAGCUGAAACUGUUGUCAGUGAGCUGUUUGUAUGUGGGCGGACCACAAGGAGUAACCAAUGCUGCUCUAUUAUCGAGAUGAUGAUUCAGUUGUUGGACUUAAUAUCACAAGAUAGAGAGAUGUCUUGGACUCUAAGUGCAACUGACAGCAGUUGGUUCACUGCUAUUGGAGAGAUAGUAUUGGAGUCACAAGUUUUGAGAGAUGAUGAGUUCCCACCUGAAACUUUUGAAGCUGGUGUUGCUGAGUACGAGAAGAUGGAUCCAUCAAGAAAGCUCAAGCUUCUAAUUUUCCUAUGUGAUGAAUCACUUAGCACACGGGCAAUAAGGGAGUACAUUAAAAGCCAAACAAAAGAGUGUGAAAAACAGAAUAAAGAAGCUAAAGAAAAGGCUGCAACCACCAAGAAAAAGGAGAAGCAACUUAAACAGAAGAUGCAAGGUGAUGUUGCCAAAGCCAUUAUGGAAAAAAAUGGAGCUCCAUUGUCCAUUGAGGAACAUAACUUAAUUGUAUCUCAAAUAAGAGCUGAAGCUAAUGAAGCUCACAUGGAGAUGAUGGAAGCAAAAGCUAUGCGUAUAUGUCAUGCACGUAGAACUGAACCAAUCAUGAAGGAUGAUGAUAAUGGUCUUGUUCUUUGGAAGCUGAAGUGUUAUGAAGAAGAAGAAUCAAAGAUUUUGCUUCAAGAUUUAGGAGCAUAUGAUAAUUUAUGGCGACUUGAAAGAUGGUUAGCUUUGAAGCCUGAACAGACACCAGAGAUAGAGAAAUGUCUCUCUUACAAGAACAAGAGAAGAAGAGGAUGAUGUCUCUUCGGGGAUGAGGAUGCUGCUGAUGAUGAUGAUGCUGA